GUUUAUGAGAAGUACUUACAUUUAAUUCAUUUUAUAUUCAUUAGCUUUUUUACGGAAACCCAUCAUAGACACAGUGCUAUGGUCGAUUGCAUUUGUUCUCUUAAACCAAGCUUGGUUGUAAAUAGUUCCUGGGAUCAACACCGGAAUGCAUGAAUUCCUCCCUGCUGAGAGGCAGGGGCACUCUGUCCAUGUUCAAAGAAGUAUUAUCAUGCACUCAAACCUUCCAUUCUUACUAGUCAAGAUACAGAUUGAAGCUGCAGUUCUGGAUAUCAGACAAGCACCAGCCUUUUGAGGUUCUUUUGCUAGACCGAAUCGGAGAACGAGGCGGCCUUUCUCACUUUUCCGUAUAGCGGAGCAAAGCUCAGCGGAGGCCCCGAGAGGGCGCAACCCAGGGCGGAACCCCACCCCGCUCGCUCACUCGGCGGCCGUACUGUUCAAGAGGACGGGAAGGGGGUGGGUGCGAUGAGGUAGAGAAUGGCCGCGCAUGCGCAGUGCCGGACCUAAGCGGCCGCGGUGAUGGCUGCGCAGUGACGGUUGGAUCUAACGGUUGCUAUUGACAUUGGAGCUGGGCGUGUGGUGGAUGGCUCUUGCGCGGAGGGCGGCUAGGAGCGACAAAGCCGUUAGCUCUGCGGAAGAGGCGCAGGGAACCCAUGGUAAUAUGGACGCGCUGAAACUCUAGGCGGAGCAGCCUCCCCCGCCCCUACCAGAGCCGGGCCCAGGCCGUCUCCCUGCGCCGGGUCGCGGAUCCUGCCACCGCCCCCCCGAUGCGGGGCCUCCCCUCCGCCUGAGGCGCCCGGGGAGGGCGAGGGAGCGAGGCCGGCAUGGCCGGCCGCUUGGAGUAAUCCGCGGGGAGCCGCCGCUGGUAGCGAGGAAGAGCUGCGGCGGUGGCAGUGGCGGGGGCGGGCGGGUGGGGGAGCAGGCAAGUGGAGAAAAGCAGGCCCGGCCCUGGCUGUGACGGCGCGUCGAUGCGGGGCUAGGAGCGCAGCCGCCCCUCGGCUUGCCCUGCCUGGGCGCAGAGCCGCGCUUUCUUCUCAGCCCGGAGCCGUUGGCCUCAGCGUCUGCGAUGAACCCGGUGAAUGCUACAGCCUUGUACAUCUCCGCCAGUCGCCUGGUACUCAGCUACGGCCCCGGGGAAGAUCCGCAGUGCCUGGCCGAGAUCGGCAAGCUGCUGCCCUACUUCCGGCAGUCGCUCUCCUGCUGCGUGUGCGGAAACCUGCUGCAAGAUCCAAUUGCACCCACCAACUCUACAUGUCAACAUUAUGUCUGCAAAACCUGUAAAGGCAAGAAGAUGAUGAUGAAACCAUCAUGUAGUUGGUGCAAAGACUAUGAGCAAUUUGAAGAAAAUAAACAGUUAAGCAUUCUGGUGAACUGUUAUAAAAAACUAUGUGAGUAUAUAACACAGACACCAUUAGGACGAGAUAUUAAGCAAGCUGUGGACAGUUCCCCAGAUCUUUUGACUUUGCUUAAAGAUGGCACCCCACUCAGUGAUGACACAGAAAAAGCACCUGAUGAACCCUUGGCAUUGUGUUUGAUCCAUUCCCCUUCACCUUCAACUUCAGAGUAUGCUGAGCCUCCAACAAGUUGUUCUAUACCUGAAAGCACCUAUGAUUGUGAUGUAAAAGGCUCCACUGUUAAUGGUCUGCCCAGUUGUAAUGGGCUCUCAGUAGAUAAACUUGAAGUAAAUAUUCCAUCUCCUGAACAUGCAAAUACAGUCAAUGUAUGUAAUCCUGGACAAUACAUAAAAACUGAAGAUAUUUCUAGCAGUCUUCAGCCUAUGUGUGACAUAGUUUCCCCUGGUGACUUGUGUGCAACCGGCAUUGAUAUUCAUGGUUUCAGUGAAGACAUCAAACCUGGUGACCCUCUUUUACUCAGUGUUGAGGAAGUGCUACGGAGUUUGGACUCUAAUGCAGGAGUAUGUAGCCCUAAUCUACAGCACAGCUUGGAAACCAAUUUAACAAAUGGUCCAUUUUUGCAGCUUUCUCCCCCACCAACUAGCCACAAUGUGUAUAUAUCAGUGGAUGCUUCACCUCAUGGGAUUUCAUGUACAGCUGCAACACCUAAGGUAGCAAAAUUAAACAGAAAGCGAUCACGAUCAGAAAGUGACAGUGAAAAGCUUCAGCAUAUUCCAAUUUCUAGCAUUCUUUGCGGCCCAACAUUGGGAGCCUCAGCUCCAAUAAUGAUGAAACAAGAAUCAAAGAUGUCUUUGCAGUCAAUAGCAACUGUACCUAAUGGAGGUACUGCUCCUAAAAUAGGUAAAACUGUACUGUUAUCGAAUAAAAGCAUGAAAAAAAAUAUAGACCAUACCACCAAGAAAUCUCAUCCAAAAUCUAAAUCAGGAAUGCUAAAAAAGUCAAAAGAAAAAAAUCCUAGCAGUCAUGUUGUGCCAGGAAGUCCAACAAAAACUGUGUACAAAAAGGCACAAGAGAAAAAGGGGUGUAAAUGUGGCCGAGCUACACAAAAUCCAAGUGUUCUUACAUGUCGUGGCCAGCGCUGCCCUUGCUACUCGAAUCGCAAAGCCUGUUUAGACUGCAUAUGCCGCGGCUGCCAAAAUUCAUAUAUGGCUAAUGGGGAAAAGAAAUUGGAGGCAUUUGCAGUGCCAGAAAAGGCCUUGGAGCAGACUAGGCUUACUUUGGGCAUUAAUGUGACCAGCAUUGCUGUGCGCAAUGCCAGCACAAGUACCAGUGUAAUUAAUAUGACAGGGUCACCAGUAACGACAUUUUUAGCUGCCAGUACAAACGAUGAUAAGAACUUGGAUGAAACUAUGGACAUGAGAUAUGACUGCUGAGUCUUUCUUUCUUUCACCCCUCCUUUGGUAAGGGGACUGCUACAAUUUGAAGGCAGCUAUGGUUCUCUUUAACUUGCCGGAGCUCCUGCAAAUAGAUCACUUGUAUCAAGUGUUUUCAUUGCUAUGUUGUGUGUUAGUGUCAGGGAAAUAGUUUGCUGGUAAUUGCGGAAUUAUCCCAAAACUGCCUUUAGAUCUUGCAACAUCUCAUAGUUUGAGAUCAAAUGCUAAUGUAAAUGAUUUUUUAAUACAGAACUACUUUUUUGGCAAAUACUGACCUGGUUGUACCAAUUCAUGCUUUGUGCUUAAUCAGAAAUUGAUUUAAUAUACUGAAAUUAUUUCUAGUCAGUCCAUCACAGUUGUGCUAAUUUAUGAUGUAUCCAUGUUCAGUAUCAUCAUUGCAAGAAAAACGACAUGCUAAACAAAUAAA